CACUUUAGCUUAGAUUACUAUGUAGUGCUUUCUUACUCUCCCUCAAAUUUUUUUACUUGGAAAAAUGUGAAGUCUUCUGAAAAUUUGCAAGAAAGGUACAAUGAACACCCCUGUACUCUGCUCAGAUUCGCCAUUUACUAGUAUUUUCCCACCUCUCUGUCCCGUUUUUCCUCCCUUUUAUGCACAUGUGUGCACGCCCCACACUUUCCCUAAAUGGUCUUACCGUCCUCUUUGUAUUUUGGUUAUAGUAUCAAAUAGUCUGAAGAAGACGGAUGAUGCUUGAUGGGGCAGAGAAGUUAGUUGCUGGAUCCUCCUAUGGAAGGCUCGGGGACCAGUUCUACAAGGAAGCCAUUGAGCACUGCCGCAGCUACAACUCGCGGCUCUGCGCAGAGCGCAGCGUGCGCCUCCCCUUCCUGGACUCGCAGACGGGGGUGGCCCAAAACAACUGCUACAUCUGGAUGGAGAAGAGGCACCGCGGCCCAGGCCUUGCCCCGGGCCAGCUAUACACCUACCCUGCCCGCUGCUGGCGUAAGAAGAGACGAUUGCACCCGCCUGAGGAUCCAAAACUUCGGCUGCUGGAAAUAAAACCCGAAGUGGAGCUGCCCCUGAAGAAGGAUGGCUUCACCUCAGAAAGCACCACCCUGGAAGCCUUGCUCCGUGGAGAGGGUGUGGAGAAGAAGGUGGAUGCCAGAGAGGAGGAAAGCAUGCAGGAAAUACAGAGGGUUUUGGAAAAUGAUGAAAAUGUAGAAGAAGGAAAUGAAGAAGAAGAUUUAGAAGAGGAUAUUCCCAAGCGCAAGAACAGGACCAGAGGACGGGCCCGUGGCUCUGCAGGUGGCAGGAGGAGGCAUGACGCUGCCUCUCAGGAAGACCAUGACAAACCUUACGUCUGUGACAUCUGCGGCAAGCGCUACAAGAACCGGCCAGGACUUAGCUACCACUACGCUCACACUCACCUGGCCAGCGAGGAGGGAGAUGAGGCUCAAGACCAGGAGACCCGGUCCCCGCCUAACCACAGAAAUGAGAACCACAGACCCCAGAAAGGACCGGAUGGGACAGUCAUUCCCAACAACUACUGUGACUUCUGCUUGGGCGGCUCUAACAUGAACAAGAAGAGUGGGCGACCUGAAGAGCUGGUGUCCUGUGCAGACUGUGGACGCUCUGGUCACCCGACCUGCCUGCAGUUCACCCUGAACAUGACCGAGGCCGUCAAGACCUACAAGUGGCAGUGCAUAGAGUGCAAAUCCUGCAUCCUCUGUGGAACGUCGGAGAAUGACGACCAGCUACUCUUCUGUGACGACUGUGACCGUGGCUAUCACAUGUACUGUUUAAAUCCCCCAGUGGCUGAGCCCCCAGAAGGAAGCUGGAGUUGCCACCUGUGCUGGGAACUGCUCAAAGAAAAAGCCUCAGCCUUUGGCUGCCAAGCCUAGGGCCCCAGGUCACAGAGCGUGACCUGCUGCUGGAGAGGCGGAGGCGGAGCCCACUUCCAACCCGAUCAAGCCCCUACCCCCAUAUAUCCAGACAGACCAACUGUAAGGAAAAGCUGCGGUCCCAGAGGGCCUGGACACGUGGAACCGAGAGGGUGAGGUGUCUGCUUACCUCCCACACACAGGUUCCAGCACUGCAGCCAGCCCCUCCUCGUUUCCACCAGAAGGAUCUCGCACUUUCAAAGAACACCCUAGCCCCGGCCUUGUGGAACCCCCUCACAUUGACCCCGGCCCCGCAGCCCUCUCACUGGUUCCCAUUUUAAGGGAAGCUGUUUUGUGACCACCGACCUGUCGCUCACGUGUAGUUUGGUGUUUUCUAUCUAUUGUGUUCCAAGAAAUCUUCACACAGCCUCCCGCCUCCUGCUUCGGCUCUUUAUCCUGAACUCAGCAGAGGAACAAAAGGCUGUGGAGAAGUUGUUAUUUAUUACAAGCCUCUCUGGAAACUUCUAGACUUGGAGUUGGGAGGCCAUCUUGAUGAUGAAAAUCCCUCUUUGUUCCUUGGUCCUUGUGAAGAAGAAAAGCGGUUUUCUGCCCCCACCCCCGACACCCCCACGGAUACCUAGUGGUGUGUACGGUCAAGGUGGUCUCUUGAUGGGGCUGGAGAGGGAAGUAGAAACGCUGAGGGGUGGGCAGAAGUGUCGGGAAGAAAAUUCGGAGGCCCUGGCACAGCCAAUCAGUAUUUGUUAUCCAUCGGGAGUGGCUUUGCAAGGGAUCAGGCUUUGCGGUUCCUUGACCUUCAAAGCUGGGAUGUCCUUGAGGUGAGACAAGCCACAGCCUAUGGCCAGGAAAGAUGCUAAGGCUCUGCCUCCCCACCAGCCUGAGUCUGGAGCUUUCCCUGGUGGCACUCAAGAACCAGGGGAGCGGGUGAGGGCUGCCCAGUCCAGAAUCCAGAUGCUGGUACAAAGGACUGCAGCUCUGCGAAACCCUUCAGUGUUGAUGUGAUACCACAGAUUCCUUUUCCUGAGUAAUUUCUUCCUUCUACACGGCGUGUGUUUGCCACUGUCUGCUGACACCUGACUCUGGAGAUUCUAGGAUGGGGAAGAGAUGAUUGUCACCUCAACAAAUAACCGGGGUGAAGGGAUUACUUAUGAUCAUGGUGAUGACGAUGCAGAAACCGCAGCUUGAGGGCUGCUCCUGUCUCCUAAGCUCCCCAGUACGUGCUGGACUCUUGUUUUCCAAAAAAAUGUUUUGAGAAGAAAGAGGCGGGAGGCUGAGCUUCCGAGAAGCCUGUGUCGGAAGUGAGCCCUGAGGGCCGGAGCCGCUCGGGCUGUCUUUGAAUCUCGGUGGCGGUGGCCACGGCAGCAGCACACAAUAACUGACACAUUUCUGGAAAAAUCAUUUGCCCGAAGGGCAGGUCUCGGUGAGCAGGACCCUCGCGCAUGCUCGGCUUCCCUGAAAUCAGCUCCAUCUCUGUGGUCCGGCUGCUUACAACAAAGGCCGAGGUUAUUUUUAGUCCUUCAGCUCUUGAAGAAGCCCCUGGAGACUCGGGCUAGUUGGGCCACUUCUGCCGAGCUGCAGUGUUAGCACCACGACUUGGCAAGAGUCUCCCUCCUGGGCUAAUUGCUCUUGGCCGGUGGACCCAGGGCAGCCUGGCGUGGAGCCGAGCUGUGCUGGUCUCCCCCAGUCCCUCGCAGAGUGACCUGUGGCAAGAGAUGGGGGUCACUCUCCUGUAGGGGCCUGUGGCCUCCGAGUGAGCUGCGUGCAUACGUAACGUUCUGGUCUAAUGAGCCGGGUCCAGAUGGGAUUUUCAUCUUCCUCAUACGAUAACUUCUUCCCCCCUGCUGGUUGGGGAGCCUGUUUUGGAUUCUGGAGGUCCAGGGAGGGUUUGGAAAGCGGCUGUGCCAUCUUGUCAUCUGUUACCCAGAAGUGUCACCUCAGAGGAGAUUUCCUCUCCUCACUGCUCUGUCUCUCUGUCCUCCCACAAAACCCAAAGUGGGGUGUCCUCAAGACUGAUUAUUGGUUUUGAAAAUCACUUUGACUUAAUUUUAGAGAAAAAGUUACCAAAAUGUUCCCAAAUGCCACAAUGGCUUAGAGGUUAAAAAAGGAAGUCUGAAACCCCAAACCAGGGCCCUCCUACUUGACAAAGCCUCUUUGGAGUGUGCGCAAAUUCAUUCCCCACCUCGGCACAGAUGAUGGGGUGGCCCUGUUCUGCCUCCAUCACACCUGCUGCCCACAGAAGCUGUGAGGAGGGAUUGAGUCUUGCAAGGGAGGGUGCUGUAAUCCCGCAGUGGGGGCGGGGAGGGGUGCGCAGGGCUCUAGAAUGGAUGUUAAGCGGGUCCAGAGUUCCCGUUCCAGUUUCAUUCCCUGUAGGAUGGGUCCAACCUCUUCCUCUUUGGAGAUCUCAGUUUCCCUGUCUGGAAAGUGGGGAUAGCAAAGCCAGCUUACGGGACAGCACUGUCAGGGUACUGCCAGCAGACAAAAUCUCUAGAGUCACAUUGAUCACUUUCUGUAUUGAACCAAAGAAAGUGAUGGUAAACUUCAAAUUGGUCUUUGAGCCCCAGAGAAUGAGCUAGAAUCAUGGGGUGCAGUGGGUGAUCAGGGUUUUGGUUUUGCCUUUGCUGUUCAGUAGCUGUGUGACCUUGGGCAAGUCACUUAACGUCCCUGAACCUCAGUUUGCCCACCUAUGAUAUAGAGCUAAUAAUACUUGUUCUGCCUAUUCCACAGUGACAUUGGGAGACGGAAAAAGCAUAAUGUUAUAUAAGUAACUACUGGAAAGCAGGGCUUUCCAGGGAGGGAUCCUCAAUGAUUUCUAUGCCCCGUUCAUGUGUGAAUUAGUCAAGGUUAGAUGCCUUCUCAGAAUCUCCCUUUUGACCAAAAUGGGUUUGUGUUUUAGGGGCUAGGCUGCCUAUGGUCAGAGCCAGUAGGCCAAACCUGUGACAAGGACCCGUGCAUGGGUUUCCUGUUGGUGGGAGGUGAGGGAUUUACCCUGGGGUUAGGGAUUUCAGAAUGAAGAUAUUUGGGAUGCUCCCUUCUAUAAGAUCAUUGCCACCUAGAUUGGGGAGCCAACUUCUGGAAAGGGCUGUAAUUCAGUUCAGUGUAACAUUCACUUAGAAACGUUGGUGUAAACCUGCUUCUUUUUAGCUGGUUGACCUUGGGCAAAUGACUUAACCCCUCUGGGGCUCAUUUUCCACAUCUGUGGGGUAGGGACAUGUGGCCUAUUGAGUGGGGUUGUUGCAGGGAUGAGCACUAGUGCUGGUGAAGGUCCUGGCAUGGGGCCUGGCCUGAUGGAGGCCCCCACACUGGAGUACCUCUUGUCACUGGGUAUAGAGGCCACCAAGUGGAGAUAAUGAUGCUCUCGCCUGCCAGCUCGAAUCGCUGGAGCAGCCAGAGUGCCUUUGCUCCACUUCACCCUGAUAUUGUGUCUCCACCUGGCCAGAGAGGAGGCAAGGCUGAAGGAUCCAUGCCGGAAGUGGCAACCCUCUGUUUUCGAAACCCUGCUUUUUGGGCCUGCGGCAAAUCCAGGGCAGGCAACAUUGUGAGGCUAUCCAGACAGGCCUCUGCUAGGAGACUGGCAUUCUGAUUUCCUUCUCAACCCCCCACUGGUGCAUAGCGCCUGGAGCAGGAGCCCAUGGAUCCCACGGCAUCCCUGCUCCUGUCAUCGCCCCUGGGCCGGGUGGGAAGUCCAGGCAGGCCGCAAAGAGCGGCUGCUUCCCGGGGCCCUGCUCAGACGUGAGACUGGAACUAGGGUGG